AAUGAUAGUUUUUGUUUUCGUUGUUAUUUGUGCUGUUCUGGUCAGUCACUAUACUGGAAAUCUUUGCUGCAUUUGCAGAAAAGUCAAGGAAAUUUAUUACGGCAAACCGGGAUGUAUCCCUCUUCCAAAUCCGGGGAAUGUGACAUUACAUUACUUUGGCGUGCGAGGAAAGGCUGAAGGAAUUAGAUUCAUCAUGGAAGAAGGUGGCAUUUCAUAUGACGAAACAAAAUUUACUAAAGCAACAUGGCCAGCCGCUAAAGCAAAAGGUGUUGAAAGCGGCUUAUAUCCUUUUGGCCAAGUUCCAGCUCUCAUAACAAGUACUGGCUCGAAAGUAGCUCAAAGUUUGGUAGUUGCUCAUUUUGUUGCUCGUUCUACUGGACUAGAUUGCGAUUGUAGAGAUUACCAACGUUGCGAAAUGCUUGUUCAAGGAAUCGAGGAUAUAAAAUAUCACUUUGGACUCUUAAUAAAACACGCCGAUUACGAUUUUGCUCGACGAAAGGAAUUCAUAGACAAUGUUCUUCCCGUAUGGCUAAAACAUUUUGAAAAGUUAGCCCCUUCACUUACUCAACAGGAUGGUGCCUUCUUUGCCAGUAACCGCAUAACAUGGGUUGAUCUGCUUGUCUUCGAAGUUCUAAAUCAGCAAAUUACCUAUGCAGCUGACGACUUUGGAGGAAAAACCUACAAGAAUACAGAAAUAUUGAAGCAAUCUCCUAAAUUAGCUAAUUUCUACCGACAAAUGUUAAAGAGAGAUAGAAUUGAUGCAUAUCUACAAAGUGAACGUCGACAUCCUUUUACACACUUUGCCAAGCCGAAGGAAGUUAGAACGUAG